AUGAAGCUGCUCCCCUUCUUGCCCCUCGUCCACGGGCUCGAGCACUGGCUCUACAGCAGCCAGGUUGCCGACGCCCUGCAAUUCCUUGACCGCCCCGACGUUGUCGGUGUCCAGGGCCUCUACAGCUGGAAAUCGCUUGAGUCGGCCGAGGGAGUUUACAACUUUUCGGCAAUUGAGAGCGACAUCGAGACUGUCACUGCCAAAGGCAAGAAGCUCUGGGUCCAGCUUCAGGACCGCACUUUCAACCCCGCCAACGACCCAGUGCCGUCGUACAUGAAGACGCCCGGGUACAACAACGGCAGCGCGCCCACUUGCGAUGGAGAGACCUGUGAUACCGACUUUGAGGUCAGCGGCUGGAUGGCGCAGCAGUGGAAUCCGCGCGUGCGACAACGCUUCCAGGCCCUCCUGAGCGCCAUGGCCAGCCAGCUCGACGGCCGCAUCUACGGCAUCAACCUCGCCGAGACGUCCAUCUCCGUUGACACCCACGCAAACAACUACACCGACGCGAGCUACUUUUAUGGCGAGCUUGAGAACGCCGGCCACGCGGCUGCGGCAUUCAACGCAUCCUACGUCGUGCAGUACGUCAACUUUUGGCCUGACGGCUGGGCGAACGCAAACAGCCGCUUCAACACGUCGUUUGAUUACUACGCAAGCCAUGGCGUUGGCGUCGGCGGACCGGACCUGAUUCCGUUCCAGCGGGGGCAGGAGAGCAACUCGUACCCGUUCAUCGCGGCCUACCGCGACAGGGUUCCUAUCAGCGUCGUCGCCGUCCAGGAGCCAGACCUGGAGAAGAUCAACCCGCACACCGGCAGGCUCUUCACCAAGGAUGAGUUUGUCGACUACGCCAAGGGCCUCGGCGUGCGCAUCAUCUUUUGGGCCACCGCUGCUCCGUGGUUGGCAACAUGA